AUGCUAAUGGAGGAGGAGGCACAGCAGCUGAGGAGCAGAGCCACGGAGCUGCUACUUCUGGACGACUGGGAGGAAUACAUCCGGCUGUACACACGCUUCAUCUCCCUCUGCCUCCACCACGUCUCAGGCGACGCCGGCGGCGACCCCAAGCUCCAGAAGAUCCUCUGCGGGGCGCUCUCCAACCGGGCGGAGGCCCGCCUGCGCCUGCGGGAUCUACCGGGGGCUGCCGGCGACUGCGACCGCGCCCUGGAUUUGGAUCCCUCCCACCUUAAGACCCUGAUCUGCAAAGGAAAGAUCCUCCUCGGCCUCGAUCGCUACUCCAGCGCCGCGGACUGUUUCCGACGAGCCCUGGCGCCGCUCGGCGGUUCCGACACCGCCCUUCGCGGCCUGAUCGACCGCUGCCAGAAGCUCGAGGCCCAGUCGAAGACAGGGGCCUUCGAUCUCUCCCAGUGGGUUCUCGACGGUUUCAAGGGGGACCCGCCGGAGCUCGCCGAGUACGUCGGCCCCGUGGUGAUCAGGCGCUCUGUGGGCUGCGGCGGCGGCCGGGGGCUCUUCGCCACCAGGAACAUCGAAUCGGGAACCAUGCUGGUGGUGACGAAGGCUGUGGUCAUCGGCCGGGGGAUCCUGCCAGAGCCUGGGAACCCCAUGUCCAGCGAGGGGGCCCGUCUUGUCAUGUGGAAAGACUUCGUGGCGAGGUUGCUGGACGCCGCCAGCAAGUGCCGCAGAACCCUCCGACUAAUCUACCUUCUGUCCACCGGAGAAGACGAAGAGGACCUCCCAGUUCCUGAUAUCCGGCUAUUCGUGCCGGAGCAGGGCCCUUCUCGAGACGAUGAACUGUCCGGCGAUCAAGCGUUGGACACCGACAGAAUUCUCAAGAUCCUCGACGUGAAUUGUCUCGCGGAUGACGCGGUCUCAGCGAAGGUGUUGGGGAAGAACGGCGGCGGCGGCGGCUACCAUGGCGUGGGGCUCUGGCUCCUGGCGUCUUUCAUCAACCACUCCUGCAACCCCAACGCCCGCCGCCUGCACGUCGGCAACCAUCUUCUGGUCCACGCGUCGAGGGACAUCAAGGGAGGGGAGGAGAUCACCUUCCCCUACUUCGACGUGCUGAUGCCACUGAGGAAGCGCCGGGAGACGAUGGCGGGGACGUGGGGCUUCUGCUGCCGUUGCCGAAGGUGCCAGUUCGAGGAGGCCGCCGCAUACGCCGGAGAGUUGAGAGAGAUGGAAGAGUCGAUGGUCCCCGAGAUGGCGGCUCGGCUGGAGGAGGCGAUGGCGAAGAGGUGGGUGGUGAAGAGCAAGGAGAAGGCUUUCCUCCGGGCGUCGUUCUGGGAGGCCUACACAGCCACGUACGCGACGGAGAGGGAGGUGAGAAAGUGGGAGAGGCGGAUUCCGGCGGAGAUGGCGGCGGCGGAGAGCAUCGCGGAGGCGGUGGGCGGCGAUGAGAGGGUGUUGAGGGUCGUGGUGGAGGGGGUGAAGAGGAAGGAAGGAGAGGGGCGGCGGAGGGGGGCAGCGGAAGCACCCGUCGAUGAGGGGAGAUUAAUGAAAAUGGCCAGAGGAGUGUAUGGCAAGGUGGCCAAGAAGCAAGCUGCCAUGCGGAUUCUCCUCGGCGCCAUCAGCUAG